UUGUACCCAGACAGAUUCGCGGGAUUGGCAUUUUCUUGUGAUGUUCCGCACGGAGGUGGACCGCUGGCGCCGAGAGAAUUAGCACACGCUCCUUUUCCAGAUAUCAGUCGUCCCAGAUCCUGUUUUGACUUUCCACCUCCCCAAUGCCUUGUCGUUAGAUGCCAUUUCUUCUGCGCCUGCUUCCAGUCACUCCUUGAAAUCAGACCUUUGAACCUUUCCAGUACUCUCUAUUAAUUCAAUUUCCUUUCUUACUGUCGCUGCCAUGAAAUUUUUCGCUACUUUGUCCCUACUUGGGGCAUUCUUCGUUCCAGCAUUUGCCAAUGUCCUGCCCAGGCAAUCGAAAGGCAAGCUCACGCCUAUUGAAGUCAGAGGAAAUGCUUUCUUUGCAGGAAAUGAGCGGUUCUACGUGCGAGGCGUAGCAUACCAGCCCGGUGGAGCUGCGGAUGCAAAGGAUCCUUUGCUUGACAUUGAAGGUCUGAAGCGUGACAUUGCAAACUUCAAGAAACUUGGUAUCAACACAAUCCGUGUGUACACGAUCGAUAACUCCCAGAACCACGACGAGGGCAUGAAAAUGUUGGAUGAUGCUGGCAUCUACCUUGCACUAGAUGCCAACACACCCAAAUACUCCCUUAACCGUGAAAGUUUGGAGACCCUCCACCGCUCGUACAACGAUGUCUACCUCCAGAACGUCUUCGCUACCAUUGAUGCAUUCGCUGACUACAACAACCUUCUUCUCUUCUUCUCCGGAAACGAAGUUAUCAAUGCCAAGAACAAUACUGUUGCUGCCACCUACAUCAAGGCCGUAACCCGCGACAUGAAGACGUACAUCAGCAACCGCCACUCCCGCAAGAUCCCCGUCGGCUACUCCGCCGCCGACGUCGCCGAGAACAUCCACCAGCAAGCCCUCUUCUUCGACUGCGGCGACGACUCGGAGCGCGCCGACUUCUUCGCCUUCAACGACUACUCCUGGUGCGAUCCCUCCGACUUCCAGAAAUCCGGCUGGGACAAGAAAGUCCAGCUCUACAAGGACUACCCGGUGCCCCUCUUCCUGUCCGAAUUCGGCUGCAUCACCAACACCCGCGAGUGGAACGAAAUUGCUGCGCUGUACUCGACGAAAAUGACGCCCGUCUACUCGGGCGGCCUCGUCUACGAAUACACCGUCGAGCCCAACGGCUUCGGCCUCGUUGAAGUCGACGGCAGCGGAAACAUCAAGCCCAACGCCGACUUUGACCGCCUCAUGAAGGCCUACGCCAAGACGGCCAACCCCAAAGGCGACGGCGGAUACAAGCAGAACGGCACUCCUUCCAAGUGCCCGCCCGCCGACGACGAGUGGGAGGUCUCGUCCACCGUCCUCCCCGCCAUUCCCGUCAAGGCGAAGGAGUACAUGGAGAAGGGUGCUGGACGCGGUGUGGGUCUUGAUGGACCGGGAUCCCACUUUGCAGGCGAGCCGAGUGAGAGCGAGGCCAAGCCUGGCGAGGGCGGUCCUACGCGUGUGCCUAGCGGACAGAAGGCCGGUAAUGGCAGUGCGGGUGUGGCUGUUGAGGUGCCGUUGAGGUUUUUGGCUAUGAUUGGUGCGAGCGUGGUGUUUGGUGUUGCGCUGAUGUUCUAAGUGUAAACGGGGUUCAGUGAGGCGAGAUGAAGAUCGAAAAAGAUGUGGUGAUGGAAGGUGAAUAGAGAGGAAUACAGGCAAGGAGAUGAAG